AUGUUGUCGAGAAUUCGCGCGGUUCGAGACGGCCCCGAUGGGGGCUGGAGUCUUUCUCCGUCUGACUCCGCCUCCAAUCUUCGCCCGUGACGUUCCAGCCCCUGUUCGCCAACCACUUCUUCGGCAAGGCCCAGGUCAUCAAGGGGUUCUCGGAGGUCGCGGUGCAUAUCCCGAGGACAUCCUACAUCUUCGUAAGCACGAGGCCUGCUCGAUGUAGGUGUCUUGGUCGCCUGCUCGCAAUAUAGCCUGCUCGCGUGUUGUCCGGUCCUUCCCGCUGUCCUCCUUCCUUGCUGCAAUGGAAGCUUCGUAUGUGCGUCCCGCCUGGUUCGUCAAGCUGAACGUCCGCGGCAGCGAGUUUAAACUCGGCAACGCAGCGCUGAGAAAGCACCCCGCCUUUCCUGAUCGAUGCGGACCCCGCCUUCUUUGGCUACAUCAUUCAGUACUACACCACAGGGCUGCCCAUCCACAUCAAGGCGGACGUUGAGCCACUCGAACUCAAGGGAGAGUUCGAGUGGCUCGGCAUCAGCAUCGACAUCGACAGCCGGGGAAGACACCAGGGAAAACCAGAGGGCAUCGGAUUCCGCAACGAGUCAAAAUUCAAUCGCAUGUCCUUUACUGCCUUGUCGAGAUCAGGCGUGUCUGUCUGCAGUGGCGGGGGAGGAGGAGAGGCAGAUUCAAUGGGUCAUGGAACUGAUAAAACCGAAGACAAGCAACGAGACAAAGGUACAUGAGAAAUCUGUAUGCGUUCUUCCCGUAUCUAUGCAUUGUCUCUCCUUGAGGUGGCCGUCAGUCGGGAGCUGAUCAAGGAGUUGCAUCUGGAGCGUGAUGUCUCGCUCCAAUGGGACAUCAACACCGACCGACAGCCAGACUACAUGAAUGAAGACGACAAGACGUUAUCAAGGUUGAUGCGGCAUUCUUGGAAUGCAAGCCUCGCCUGUGCCUGACACCAGGGCCUACAGAGCUGCCAGCGCAAGAAACGAGCUUCAAUCCCAACGACUGGGCCGAGCUGAAAGCGAAGCUUGAAUUCGACGAGCUGACAGUAUAUUGUCCUCUUCAGCCAUUGUCUUAGUUGGGGAUCCAUUUGUCUUGUUUUGCUUUGCAGAAUCCAGAAGAGCGUCAGGCCGCCAAAGCACUCCUUGGAUGGAAGUUUGAUAUGGCGACGAAAUGGGUAGGACGAUAGCUAAGCCCAUCAAAUGGGUGUGUAAGAUGGUGGGGGUGGUGGCCAAAGGUGACGGCGAAUGCGCGUCAGACACCAUCGUCGUCACAGCAACACAGCUGAUCGAAGGCAUUCCCCGCCCCCUUCCCGAUACGCAUCCGCUUGUUCGUCGCGG